AGUGACUCAAAAACAUACGUACAAGGCCUCACAACCCACCUACAGGAGUGGGAAGACAAAGGAUUUAUGGAUAUCAAAAACGCGCGUGAAAUCGAAGCCACAGUAGCGAGCAUGCGGAAAAGGAAGGCACACACAACCCUAAACUGGGUCAAAGGACACUCAGGGAUUGCUGGAAAUGAAAAAGCAGACCAAUUGGCAAAUGAGGGCCGACAAAAACAAACUCAAGAUGAGAUUGAUCUCACAGUGGACAAUGAAUUCCGAGUCUCCGGGAUACGACUAACAAGUGUCACGCAAUCACUAGCAAGUAAAUUCAUCAGACAAAAAAAAAUGAAAUCAGCAGCCUACCGCAAAGCACUGGAUCGACGGGCAACAAACUAUGGGAUAGGCAGAGCAACUGCAAGUGCAACCAACAUCUAUGGACACAACCCAACACCGGAAGCCAUUUGGAAAUCACUGCGACACAAAGACUUUGACAAAAAAAUAAAAUGUUUCCUAUGGAUGCUAACCCACAACGGAUACAAAGUCGGAGAGUUCUGGGAUAACAUACCAGGAUAUGAGCCUCGAGGGAAAUGCAAAGAAUGCAAUGGGCAGCCGGAAACCUUGGAACACAUCCUAGUAGAAUGUACUGCACCCGGGCAAAAGGAAAUAUGGGGACUAGCCAAGCAAACAUGGGAGCGAACCGGACUACAAUGGUCGGACUUACAAUUUGACUUCGGCACCAUACUAUGCUGUGGCCUGGCAGACUUCAAGAACGCCGAAGGAAAAAGAGAAACAGGAAAAUCAAGACUGUUUCGUAUACUAAUCUCAGAAUCGGCAUACCUGAUAUGGAAAAUUAGGAAUGAGAGAGUAAUCAAUGACAAACCACCACUGGCUGGAAUGCAAAUCAUGAAUCGAUGGAGAUGGACAAUAGAAAACAGACUUUGGAUGGAUUGCCUGCUCACCUCGAAAAAAUUCAGAAGGCAUAUGCCGCGGAAGGUGAUAGAAAACACUUGGCAAAAAGUGGUAGAAAAUAAAGAGAUUCUCUCAGAGGUAAUCCGAGAGACCGGGGUUUUAGUGAGUAUACGCAUUGACAUGGGAGUCGGGUAAGGAGUUAUGAUAUAUGUGGUAUGUUAUUUAUUGUCUAUGAAUCCUCUAACCAUCGCAGAUAGAUUGGGAAGGGAAACAGUAGUUGUCAACACGCGGAGUCUCACACAGUGCGCGUACAAGCGCCAGUGCCUAAUGCAUUUCCUCGGGGGGUCACGAAGCUUGGCGCCAUGCCUUGCAGUACCAGCGGCCAGAGGGGGGCGACAUUGUAAAGCCCGCCCGAAGGUAAAUAAACGCUCCAAAAAAAAAAAAAAAAA